AGCGGCGGCCGCCGCCUGUCAGUGAGCGGCGCGCCGCGGGGGAGGCCUGAGGGGCCGCGCCGGGCCGGGCUGUGCCGAGCCGAGCCGCCUGGGAAGCUCAGGAGCUCCUGUCCUCGGCCUCUGGAGCUGGCCGACCCCGCCGCCCGCCGCGCCCGUCCAGGAGCACCCGUCGGAGAGAGAGUGACUCUCUGAAGCUGGGAAAUGGCAGUGAUGGGAAUUACAUGCCAAGGAGCUCCUGAUCCAGCUGUCAAGCACAAGGAGCUCCAAGCUACCAAGGGGCUGAAGGAGUCAGUGAGUGAGAAGCAGAGCAGUGUUUGUAAAGUAGAAGAUUCCAAGAAGGUCAUUUUUCACAGCCAGUGGAAAAUCCUGAAUGAUGUAAUCACCAAAGGAACAGCAAAAGAAGAAACAGAAGGAGGCUGUGCAUCAAUUUCUAUUAUUGCCCAAGCAGAAUGUGAAAACAGCCAGGAGUUCAGCCCCACUUUAUCAGAGAGAUCCUUUAUUGCUCACAGUAAGCGUUACAGCAGCCGCUCCGACAGUCUCGAUCAGAUCCCCAACAAUGUGGCCCACGCGAGGGAGGGGAGGAUGGCUCAGGGCUGCUGGAGAGGGCGGCACCGCGGCAAGGCCAGGAAGAAGCGGCACAAGAAGCGAUCCAAGCUGAAAGCACAAGCAGCGGCUGGCGGGAGGCGAGGGCCCCGAACGCCGGAGCAGGAGAGCUGCACCCCGAUUCCCGUGCAGGAGGAUGAGUCCCACCAGAAUACCCUUUACAGAAACGAGUUUUGGGUUCCAGAGUUUCGCCAGGGCUUUGCCUAUGAUCCGCUGCGCUUGGAGAAGCCUCAGGAGGUUGUGUCCACGGGCAGAGCGCCUUCCCCCAGGAGCCAGUACAAAGCAGAACUGCACAAGCUGAUAAGCCCCAUUCAGUGCCUUAAUCACGUUUGGAAACGGCCCUGUCAGAGGGACAGCGUUCCCCAGCCCGAAACCCCCCAUCCUUUUCCCUACAACAUCCUCCCCCCUCAUUUCCCACGCCUGGACACUCCUCUCCACGCUCUGAAGCGCGGCGCUCUGCACACCUACCUCCACGGGAAACUCGACUACCCGGACAGUGAGCAACGCUUAUCAGGCCUCAACUUAGAGUAUAGUUUCCCCAAAUGCAUCAGCCAGUCCGUGAAGAGCAAUUCAGACAAGAUUUCUGUGGAGGAAUACUUGGUGGAUGCCUUGAAGGGCAGCGUGAGUGUGGGUGAACCACAGAACCUGGCCAGCCUAGCCAAGACGUGGAGAGGAGGUGGGCUGGAGCCCAAGGAGCAGCUCCAGCAAGCAGAUGAGAAUGAAGGCGUGCUACUUAACGAGAAGCUAAAGCCAGUGGAUUAUGAGUACCGAGAGGAGGUUCACUGGACCAAGUGUCACGGGUCCUUGGGCAUCGGCUCCUUUGGAGAAGUGUACAAGAUCCAGGACAAACAGACAGGUUUUCAGUGUGCUGCCAAAAAGGUACAAGUGGAACACUUCCGUGCUGAGGAGCUAACAACGUGUGCUGCGGUAACGAGCCCUAAGGUUGUCCCCUUGUAUGGAGCUGUGAAGGAAGGGCCUUGGGUGACCAUCUUCAUGAAGCUGAUGGAGGGUGGCUCACUAGGUCAGCUCAUUAAACAGAGUGGCUGCCUGCCAGAGGACAGAGCCCUCAGUUAUUUGGGUCAGGCAUUAGAGGGCUUGGAGUACCUUCACGCUCAGAACAUUCUCCAUGGAGAUGUAAAAGCGGAAAACGUGCUCUUGUCUGACGAUGGAAGCAGAGCUCUCCUGUGUGACUUCGGGCACUCUGCUCACCUUCAUCCAGAUGGCCUGGGAAAGUGCUUGGUCACAGGGAACUAUGUGCCUGGCACAGAGACUCACAUGGCCCCAGAGGUGGUGAUGGGCAAGCGCUGCGACUCCAAAGUGGACGUCUGGAGCAGUUGCUGUAUGAUGCUUCAUAUGCUUAAUGGGUGCCACCCUUGGACUCAGUACUACAAUCACCCACUCUGCCUGAAGAUAGCUAAAGAGCCACCUCCUCUGAGGGAAAUUCCACCUUCCUGCAACCCUCUCACUGCUGAGAUCAUUAAAAUGGGGCUGGAGAAGGAGCCAGUUCAAAGAGCAUCUGCGUCUGAACUGAAAACUAAGACCAGUGUUGCCCUUGAAGAAGUGGGAGGUGUGACAAGCCCCUGGAAAGGAGAAUACAGAGAGCCUAGACAUUUGUCUUUGAACAAAGACCAUCCACGGACGUCCCUGUCCCCCACAGCGGGUCCAGUUUGUGAGACUGGUUCUGACCCAAAAUUGUCAGUCAAAGUUUCUGGUACAAGCCCAGCUCUGCCACCACCACCCCCAGAGCAAACAGAAGAGAUGGAGGGAAGCCCUUGGAAAGUCUGCAAGGAGUUAUCUGAGACCUGGGAUCCUCCACCUCUCUCCUCCACUCCUCUGCCCCUGAAGAGCUGCAGCCACGUGGAAAGAGCAACAACCAUUUCAGAGCAGGAGCUUCAGCAGCUGGAAAUAGAACUGUUUCUGAACAGCCUUUCCCAGCCUUACUCACUGGAGGAGCAAGAACAAAUGCUGUCCUGUCUCAGCAUCGACAGCCCCUUUGUGUCAGACGCCAGUGAGAAGAACUCCAUGAAAGCUUCCCAGAGCUUGAGGGACACCAUGAGCUCCGGGAUCCACUCCUGGAACAGCCAGGCAGACGGACAGAGCUUCAGCUGGAACAACCUGCUGAGCCGCAGCCGCCACACGGACACUCCCAGCUGCUUCAACGGAGUGAAAAUCCAGAUCCAGUUGCUAAGUGGGGAAAACUUACACAUCAGAGAUUUCCACAGGACAAAGGUGGGAGACGUUGCCACCGGGAUCAGCAGCCAGAUCCCAGUCCCUGCUUUCAGCCUGGUGACUAAGGAAGGGCAGCCAGUUCACUACGACAUGGAGGUGCCCGACUCCGGCAUCGAGCUGCAGUGCACUCUGGCCCCUGACUGCGGCGUCAGCUGGACGUGGCGGGUCAAACACGGGCGGCUGGAGAACAGGCCCUGAAGCUCUUCCUGCUCUGGAGGUUUUUACCUUGGUGAAAGAAGGAAUUGCAAAAGCUUCCAGCCAGCCCUGCAGGGGAGCAGCAAGUGCAGGUACUGGUGGCUUGUGCUGAAGUAGGAUAGCGGAGCAGCAGCUCGCUGCGCUCGGGCCUCGCUUCUGGCGUCUCUUCCGAUCCAGUUCCAGGCCACGGCCCGAGCUGAGGUGUUCCCCGGCACAGGGGGAGUCACUUGUUUUGGGUGUGAGCGUUAGAUUGAGCUUGAGAGUGGUGGGUGGAAAUUCCUGCUUUUCAGAGGAACGUGGUUGUGCUUCUCAGCAGCCCAGGGGCUGGGCCAGGACGCCUGGUGCUCGGCUUCCCACGUGAGCCCGGCAGCGGCGGCGCUUGCCCCGGCAGGAGGUUGGGUAUCUUCAGUGCAGCUGCGGUUGUUUGUGCCAAGAAGAGCUGGCAAACUUCCUCCUCAGCUGCAGAAGAAACUUCACGUCUCUGUAGGGCUUUAAGUAGCAUCAUCUCUACAUCAAGCCUUCUGCAGGGGGAAAAUAACAGCCAUGAGUAGCUGGGUUCUUGGUUUCACCUCCCACCCUUCCCCGCAGACACUUGUUUCUUGAAUCAGAGAAGGACUUUGUUCCCAGAAAGAGCUUUGCUUGCAGCCCUCACCUUCAGCUCUCCCCCCUGCCCUGGCAGCUGCUGCUCUCCGAGGCCUUGCUGGCGGCGGGGGCAGGAAGAGGCUGUGCUGUUCCUCGGUGUGCACAGGGAGGGGUUUAUCUCUCCAUCCUCCCACCGCUGACUUGGGCCUUGAUGGGAACUGUCCCAUCCAGGCACCGUCCCAGGGAGGGGGAAGGGCUCAGGCAGGGUCUGGGUUUCGCUGCAGCCUUGGUGGAAGCUCUCAGUGCUGGCUCUGCCAGGCCCUGCUCAGCCCUGACGGGGUGGCACCAGGCUCUGUGCUGCUCCCCUCAUGUCAAAACACGCUCACAGCUCGGCUGGGCAGCUGGGCCCUCAGUGCCUUAAGCUUUGAGCUCUUGGGGUGUAUUUUCAGAGUGGUUUGAGGAUUUUUUGGGUAUAUUCAUGCAUGCUCACCCUUGUGUGACCCACAGCACGAGCAGAGGGAGGUGUGAGCUCUGAGAGUGCUUGCUGAAGCCUUUGCACACCAGGAAAUCACAGGUGCUAGGCAGGGUGCUGUGGCUUUUCCAGGGGCUGUCUGCACCCAGGCUGAACAGAGAAACAGCUCCCCAAAAGCCAGGCAGGCCCUGCCACAUCCAUCCUGCUCUGGGGGAACACAGAGGAGCAGGAGCACUGGCGGUUCUCAAGUGAAGUUCACCUAAAAAACAGCAGGGCAACGUUCAGCACUGGGGCUGUCUUUUUGAGUCAUAUGCUCCUUAAGAAAGUGAUGCUCUUUCCCUUUGGUCUCCUGCAGCAUCAGCUGAAUUUGUUACACUAGGCAGUGCCAGCCCUGAACACAAAACUAAGGCAGUGUCACUCCUGAACCAAUGCAGAGACACCCCUGAGCACAAAACCAAUGCAGAGACACCCCUGAGCACAAAACCAAUGCAGACACCCCCCUGGGCACAAAACCAAGGCAGAGACACCCCUGAGCCCAAAACCAAGGCAGAGACACCCCUGAGCCCAAAACCAAGGCAAUGUCACUCUUCGAACCAAUGCAGAGACACCCCUGAGCACAAAACCAAUGCAGUGUCACUCCUAAACCAAUACAGAGACACCCCUGAGCCCAAAACCAAUGCAGAGACACUCCUGAGCCCAAAACCAAGGCAAUAUCAGUCUUCAAACCAAGGCAGAGACACCCCUGAGCACAAAACCAAUGCAGAGACACUCCUAAACCAAUACAGAGACACCCCUGAGCACAAAACCAAUGCAGACACCCCCCUGGGCACAAAACCAAUGCAGAGACACCCCUGGGCACAAAACCAAUGCAGUGUCACUCCUAAACCAAUGCAGAGACACCCCCGAGCCCAAAACCAAUGCAGAGACACCCCUGAGCACAAAACCAAUGCAGAGACACCCCCGAGCCCAAAACCAAUGCAGAGACACCCCCGAGCCCAAAACCAAUGCAGAGACACCCCCGAGCCCAAAACCAAUGCAGAGACACCCCCGAGCCCAAAACCAAGGCAAUAUCAGUCUUCAAACCAAGGCAGAGACACCCCUGAGCACAAAACCAAGGCAGAGACACCCCUGAGCACAAAACCAAGGCAGAGACACCCCUGAGCCCAAAACCAAGGCAGAGACACCCCUGAGCCCAAAACCAAGGCAAUGUCACUCUUCGAACCAAUGCAGAGACACCCCUGAGCACAAAACCAAUGCAGUGUCACUCCUAAACCAAUACAGAGACACCCCUGAGCCCAAAACCAAGGCAGAGACACUCCUGAGCACAAAACCAAUGCAGAGACACUCCUGAGCCCAAAACCAAUGCAGAGACACCCCCGAGCCCAAAACCAAUGCAGAGACACCCCCGAGCCCAAAACCAAUGCAGAGACACCCCCGAGCCCAAAACCAAUGCAGAGACACCCCCGAGCCCAAAACCAAUGCAGAGACACCCCUGAGCCCAAAACCAAGGCAAUAUCAGUCUUCAAACCAAGGCAGAGACACCCCUGAGCACAAAACCAAGGCAGAGACACCCCUGAGCACAAAACCAAGGCAGAGACACCCCUGAGCCCAAAACCAAGGCAGAGACACCCCUGAGCCCAAAACCAAGGCAGAGACACCCCUGAGCCCAAAACCAAGGCAAUGUCACUCUUCGAACCAAUGCAGAGACACCCCUGAGCACAAAACCAAGGCAGAGACACUCCUGAGCACAAAACCAAGGCAGAGACACUCCUGAGCACAAAACCAAGGCAGAGACACCCCUGAGCCCAAAACCAAGGCAGAGACACUCCUGAGCCCAAAACCAAUGCAGAGACACCCCUGGGCACAAAACCAAUGCAGAGACACCCCUGGGCACAAAACCAAUGCAGACACACCCCUGGGCACAAAACCAAUGCAGUGUCACUCCUAAACCAAUGCAGAGACACCCCUGAGCACAAAACCAAGGCAGAGACACUCCUGAGCACAAAACCAAGGCAGAGACACUCCUGAGCCCAAAACCAAUACAGAGACACCCCUGAGCCCAAAACCAAGGCAGAGACACUCCUGAGCACAAAACCAAGGCAGAGACACCCCUGAGCCCAAAACCAAUGCAGAGACACCCCCGAGCCCAAAACCAAUGCAGAGACACCCCUGAGCCCAAAACCAAGGCAAUAUCAGUCUUCAAACCAAGGCAGAGACACCCCUGAGCACAAAACCAAGGCAGAGACACCCCUGAGCACAAAACCAAGGCAGAGACACCCCUGAGCCCAAAACCAAGGCAGAGACACCCCUGAGCCCAAAACCAAGGCAGAGACACCCCUGAGCCCAAAACCAAGGCAAUGUCACUCUUCGAACCAAUGCAGAGACACCCCUGAGCACAAAACCAAGGCAGAGACACUCCUGAGCACAAAACCAAGGCAGAGACACUCCUGAGCACAAAACCAAGGCAGAGACACUCCUGAGCACAAAACCAAGGCAGAGACACCCCUGAGCCCAAAACCAAGGCAGAGACACUCCUGAGCCCAAAACCAAUGCAGAGACACCCCUGGGCACAAAACCAAUGCAGAGACACCCCUGGGCACAAAACCAAUGCAGAGACACCCCUGGGCACAAAACCAAUGCAGUGUCACUCCUAAACCAAUGCAGAGACACCCCUGAGCACAAAACCAAUGCAGAGACACCCCUGAGCCCAAAACCAAUGCAGUGUCACUCCUAAACCAAUGCAGAGACACCCCUGAGCACAAAACCAAUGCAGAGACACCCCUGAGCACAAAACCAAGGCAAUAUCAGUCUUCAAACCAAUGCAGAGACACCCCUGAGCACAAAACCAAUGCAGUGUCACUCCUAAACCAAUACAGAGACACCCCUGAGCCCAAAACCAAUGCAGAGACACUCCUGAGCCCAAAACCAAUGCAGAGACACCCCUGAGCCCAAAACCAAGGCAAUAUCAGUCUUCAAACCAAUGCAGAGACACCCCUGAGCACAAAACCAAUGCAGAGACACCCCUGGGCACAAAACCAAUGCAGAGACACCCCUGGGCACAAAACCAAUGCAGAGACACCCCUGGGCACAAAACCAAUGCAGAGACACCCCUGGGCACAAAACCAAGGCAAUAUCAGUCUUCAAACCAAUGCAGAGACACCCCUGAGCCCAAAACCAAUGCAGAGACACCCCUGAGCCCAAAACCAAUGCAGAGACACCCCUGAGCACAAAACCAAGGCAAUAUCAGUCUUCAAACCAAGGCAGAGUCACCCCUGAGCACAAAACCAAGGCAGAGACACCCCUGAGCCCAAAACCAAGGCAAUAUCAGUCUUCAAACCAAUGCAGAGACACCCCUGAGCACAAAACCAAGGCAGAGACACCCCUGAGCCCAAAACCAAGGCAGAGACACCCCUGAGCACAAAACCGAGGCAGGGCCAGCACUGAGCAGACAUCUGUUAAAAAGUAGAACUCCUGUGGAAGAACUGCACCUGCUCAGCACUGUGGGCAUAGUUUUUGUAGCACUUUUUGUUCUAAAGCACUUAAUCCCCUGUCCCAAAUAGGCACCUAAUUGUAUCUCAAACACCACCUUAAGAGACAUUGUAGUGAGCAGUUAACACAUGAUGCAGUCCCUGCCAGGAAGGAGUGGGGGGAAGGGCCAGGCUGUCUCGACUUGGUCUUUUCAGAUGCCAUAAACUGCUAAGAAUUCUAGGCUCUGGAGCAGGAGGGAGCAAAAUGCCUCCUCAGGGCUCCCAGGAGCUGCUGAGUCCAGUGCACCAGCCAAACCCCACGCCUGGCGUCUCCCCCAGGGCAGGGGGGGAAAGGAAGGGAAGGGGAGAAAUCUGUUGGCUGUUUCUAAGAGCCCGUUGGUGCUGUGUGGCUGUGAGGCAGGGCUGGGGAUGAUGUGUCAGUGUGAAACAGCCUGGGCCCUUCCCCUGGGCUGAGGCUUUGGCUGUUGUCUGCAUCAAGGCUUGAGUGCCCAGCUCCUUGGCUGGUGCUCAGCUCCAGCUGUGCAGGAGGCAGCAGCUCUCUCUCCCUUGCCAGGGCUCCCCAGCCUCAUGCUUCGUCCGUAGCAUUAACCUGCAUCUGGGGGCAGCAGUGCAAAGGGAAGGGGAGCAGUCAGCCCCCACUGCCAGAACCAGGCAGAUGCUGUCCCCCUGCUCCUCUCUCACACCAGCAUUAGCCUCUUGCAGCCUGUCUGUGCUGUCCAAACCCCUCAGCCCAGCAGCAGGGCUCUGGGCCCUGCCCAGACACACGUUCUCCUCUCAGGAGGGACUCUGGCACUCUCAGGCUUUUACCACCUCAGCUCUCUCCUGCCACCAAGACAAUUUCCUCUUGAUGUGCCUGGUCGUUGUUGCAGUGACAGGCAUCAAAAGUGCAGCUUCCAGCCCAAGGCCUGUGCUGCAGCACUGACAGAAAGUCAGAACUGUUCAUUAUGUACCGUAAGACUUGGCUGAAGCUGUGCCUAACAGACCAGGGUGUUGAGGCAGAACCCCAUUCAGGGUAGGGAGGAAUCCCAGAGGCCCAGACACAGAGGGCUCUUGGCCUGUAGCUGCUUUCCCAGGGUGUGGAAGGGUCACUGUGCAAAGCAGCAGGAAGCUGCUGGUGGGGGGACUGGGCAGUGCUGGGGGAGGCCAUGGGACAGACAGUUUGUACCCAGCAGAUGACACUUUAUCACACUGUGACUUCUGGAAAUGAACAUUGUGGAGCUGGAUUUGCACAGGGGAAAGGAGAAUAAAG